AUGAAAAAAUCCAAAGAAAUUCCAGUUAUUGUUGAAACUACAGUUGGAAAAUUUCUUUUACGAGAUUUUCGUCCACCUAUUCAAUUACGUACAUCACCAAGAAAAAUAAAAACAAAAAUAAAAAAAGAUAUUAAAAGAUUAGAUGAAAAUACUUUAUCAUUAUUAACAAAUAAAAAAGAAUUAAAAAAAAAUCGAAAAAGAAACAUAAAUAAAAUUAAAAAACAAUUAAAUUUUAAUGAUAAUAAUGAUAAAAAACAAGAAAAUAAUUCAAUUUUUUAUAUUAUAUCAAAUAAUGAACAAGAUUAUCAAUUAAAUGAAAAUGAAUUAACAAAUAAUAAAUGCAUUCUUUGUUUUGUUAAUUCAAAAAAUCAUCGUGCUUUAAUAUUUUCUCCUCGUUUGUGUCGUAUAAGUUUGCUUGGCCUUUUUAAUUUGGAACAAAUAUCUGGUCCAUCAGCUUCUAUACAUGGUUUUAAUCUUCAAUUAUUAAAACGUUAUCCCAUAUUUAAUCUUUCAUCUCAAUCAUUAAUGUCUAUUGAAACUUCAUCAACUUCAAUCAAAAGUUCACUCAAUGAAAAUCAAAUUCGUUCAUUUUUUGAUAAUUAUCAUGUUCAAUUACCUUUACCUGAAAUUUAUAUUGAAUGUAUUCAAAAAUUAGCAAAAUCUCAUCAUGGUUUAUCAGUUUUUUUUGUUGAACAACUUCAAACAACAUGGAUUGAAUCAAUGAAAGAAUUUAGUCAUAGUAGUCUUUCAAAUGAAUGGUUAUUCAAUAAUAAUAAUAAUAAUAAUAAUGUUAAUAAUAAUAAUGAUGAUGAUGAUGAACAAAUACAGAAUACAAAUGGUUUUAAACAGUUAUGGUCAGGAAUGGGAGCUUUCAAAGAUAAUUAUCAUCGUUCAAUUAAUUAUUCAUCUGAAAUACAUUCAGUAACAAAUGAAAUUGUAUCACGUCUUUCAACAAGAACAAGCAAUGAUCCAUUAGUUGUAUUUGUUUGUGGUGCAAAAGAUUCAGGCAAAUCAACAUAUUUACGUUAUUUAAUUAAUAAAUGUAUUUCUCAAACAAAUUCAGUACCAAAAGUAACAUUUCUUGAUUGUGAUAUUGGUCAAAGUGAAUUUACUCCAAGUGGUUCAAUAUCAUUAAUUAAUAAUAUAACUGAACCAUUAUUUGGUCCAUCAGCUUCACAUUUAAAAAAACCAUUAAAAUCAUUCUACUUUGGAAAUAUUAAAGUUGACAAUGAUAAAAUUUAUAAUUAUUUAAAUUAUGUUAAGUUAUUAUAUGAUUAUAUUCAAAAUGAUCAACAUGAUUUAUUACUUAUCAAUACCAUGGGUUGGGGUUCUGAUACAGGUCUUAUUAUAAUGAAAGAAUUAAUUGAUCUUAUUAAACCAAAUGUUCUCUUACAAUUACGUUCAUCUAGUCCACAUUUUCGUCAUAUAAUGCCUGAUAUUGAUCAUCAGUGGUUAUUAAAUGCACCUAUAUCAGAUAUUUAUCGUCAAAUAAAUCAAAUUCCAUUGAAUUUUUCCUGUAAUAAAUAUGAUUAUAAUUUAUUAUUAACACCUGUACGUCAUCAUAUUCAUGGUAAAUCAAAUUUAACUCGUCAAGCAUGUCUUUGGUCUUAUUUUUGUCAACUUGAAAUCAAACAUUUGAUUUUAAAACCAUUAAUUGAUUAUGUAAAUUAUAUACAAAUAUUUUCAUUUGAAAAAAUUGGAAUUGGAUUGUUACAUCGACAAAUUCAACCAAAAUAUUUAUUACAAGUAUUAAAUGG